UGAGGCAAAAMAUUUAUACGACUCUUAUGAAGUAGAGCACAUCAGUGUUUACUCAGUUUUGUUAUUGUGCGACGACUUAGCAGAAACAGUACAUCUCACGCGGACGUCUUUUCGGCUCCGUUAAAAAGUGUAAAUUUUAAGAGAAUGUGUCACGGAGCUAUUUUUUCUGCACUUUUAACUCGUGCCAUUUUUUGCAGUCAUGUUAUUGUUUCUGUUGGUUUAGCCUACGUUCAUAUUAGAGAGAAACAGCUGUGGCUUGUUGUGUUGAUUCUUUUGCUUCUGUUGAUCGAGACGGUUUACAUCAUUGGAAAGAGAAAAGGCGAAGAAUAUCAGUAUUUUUGGCCAAGUGGUUUUCUGUACCUGGCGGCCAUGCUGACAGUCAUAUGGAUAAUGGAACUGUUUCUUCUCCAGGAAAGACUGGAUAAACGGAAGUUUAAUGUACGCCAUGCGCACAACGAUACAAUCAAGUUUCAAGGGAUCGACAUCAAAGCAAUGUUCAACACCACUGUUGCCGCAAAGAAGAUCGGUGAACUGGGACUCGUGAUUUUUAUCAUUCUUGGUCGUUGGCUUCUUCCUCGGGGACAGUUGACACGUGACCAACUGUCUGCAUUGUUGCUAGGAUACAUUGGCAUGGGUGCUGAUAUUCUUGAUUUAUUCACUUCUCUUUCUCAUCCCAAUGUGAUCUAUGACGUYACUGUGCAUUACGUCAUGCUGGCUGUAUUUAGCUGGAGUAUGCUUCAGUUUUGUAUAACGGCAAGUGUAACUGCUGGAUCUGAAAAAACGAGAACUGAGGUUACCGUUGACGYUGAAGACGAGGAGAAGACAAGGCGUGUUUCGUUCGCUAACMAUGCUAUUAGCAUCASCGAYGAAGAACCAGCUAUUMAACCAGGUCGMCCRUCAGUAUCCAGUAACAACGCAGAUCCUGAGAAACGUARCCUCUUGAAUGCUGAUCUGCUUCAAAUUUUACUACCUCUUUUCAUGCAAGACGGGCCUUUYUURAUCCUUCGUCUAUCUUUGUUGAUCAAGUUUGAGGUAGCAAACGAGAUCCACAUCUAUUUCACAGGAAAGAACGCCCUUAUUAUCGCUCUACUCUUUUAUCGUCUUUACGGGUUGAACGCCAAAGAGGUACCACAUACCAAGCAUUGCGAUGGAGCGCGUGGAAGUGUGUGUGUAGAAUCGUUUACACUUGGGACAGAGUUCCCCGAUCAUGACGUCUCAUUGCAAAAUGUCUAUGACAACGUUUUCGGAAGUUCGCCUCAAGAAUCGAUCAAAGAGGAUAAUCCAGAUGUUGACCCAAAACCUAGMGAGACAGAAUCAACAAACGCCAUUGAUUCUGAUCACUCURAAGAUCUCAAAGACACUGCUCCCAACCCCAUGCAAAGCACUGGUACUUCCAGCUCUCCUAAUGAAACAUCCGUACGCGACUCGAAUGAUGAACCAACUACCAUGAUUUCUAAUAAUGAUGAUGGGCGCAGAAAUACCUCCUUUUAAUCUAUAGAUGAGAACCAUUUAACCAUCACAUGAGCUGCUUUUACAASACGCAACGCCCAACUUAAUGAAGUUUCAUAUUAUUAUAUAAAUGCGGCAUGCUAAACAAAUGUAUAUCGUCACCACGCCACAGCCUGGAUGAGUGGCCUCCGCUACAGACGUCCUAUGUUGUUUAAGUACAACAUCUCAUGACAUCCAUAACGGAGUCCAUUGAACGAGGCCAACAAUACAAUUAGCACAAAUAGUUGCACCAAGCAGACAAACGUACCAUGUAAAACAGUAACAUUUUAUUAUAUUAUAUUACAUCUACUAUUUACAUAU